CGUCACUCUUUCGCAGACUUAAAAGAAAAAAAAGUUCACAUCUUCUUGGCUACGUUUUUUUUUAAACAGACUCGAAUCUGGGUGUUUUUUUCCCAUCUGAUACACUGAAUCGCAUAUUUGAUCGAAUUUAGGGUUCCCUUUUCUAUUUCGUUUUCGGAGACUGGAAUCUGGGAUUUCCUUCCGAUUCCUCGAAAUCGCGUAUUUGAACCAGAACAUGGAAGACUUAUUGCUGGAUUCACUUCCGGUGGGCUUGAGAUUCCGACCAACGGACGAGGAACUGGUCCGGUACUAUCUCCGUCUUAAGAUCAACGGCCACGACGACGACGUCAGAAUCAUCCGAGAGGUCGAUAUCUGCAAAUGGGAGCCCUGGGACUUGCCUGAUUUGUCUGUUGUGAAGACAAAAGACUCAGAGUGGCUCUUCUUCUGUCCGUUGGAUCGGAAGUACCCAAACGGAAGUAGAAUGAACCGUGCUACGGUUGCUGGUUACUGGAAGGCGACGGGAAAGGACCGAAAUGUGAAAUCCGUUAAGAAUUCCAUCAUCGGCGUUAAGAGAACCCUGGUGUUCUACACGGGCCGAGCCCCGAAAGGGACAAGAACCUGCUGGGUUAUGCACGAGUAUCGUGCCACCGAGAAGGAUCUAGAUGGCAUGAAACCUGGUCAGAGUCCAUUCGUCAUAUGCAAACUGUUCAAGAAACAAGACGAGAACCCGACAGCAGAGGAUUCGAAGUCUGAUGAAGUUGAGACCCUUGUUUCGUCUCCGGCCAUUGCAAAAUCUUCCGCUGAUGAGUCGAAGUCCGAUGAAUCUCGAGCCUUAGAAACAUGUGAAAGAAAGCCCUUCGAGGUCUCGGAAUCUUCCCUUGUAGCGAUUGCAGAGUGUCACAGUGACCAAAGUGACACUUGCGACCAACCUGCUAAAGUUACUUUUACUGAGAUUGAAGAUCUCAAAUGGCUGCCUGUUGAGAUGGAAUCCCUGGAUUUCAAAAUGUUCUCUCCAUUGCACUCUCAGGUUCAAUCAGAGCUUGGAUCAUCCUUUAAUGCAUUUCGAUCUGGCUCUGACAACUUGUUCAGCAACCACGAUGGCCUUCAAAUUCAGACUCAGUAUGGUACAAACUACGAAGAUGCGUUUAUGUCCGAGUUUUUGGAUUCGAUCCUUGUGAAUCCAGACGAGUUUUCCGGUACGGUAGCACCACCAGUUCAAGAACAGGUAAUACAGGCGUAUCUCGAUCCAGACAAUUGUACUGAUGUGUACGAAAGGGGAAUCACGAUUAGGGCACGGAGGAGUCCACAGUCUCAAGCUUGCAUUGGCAAUGUUUUGAUGGCUCAGGGCACGGCCCCGAGAAGAUUACUUCUCCAGAGGAAACUCGACGGGCUUGAGUCAGGGCCCGAGAAUCAUCCCCGACUUCAACAUAUCAAGAAAGAGGUUGACGACAUGGUGACAGAGAUAUCGAGAAAGGGACGUGAAAAGUACGUUAGAAGGAAUAACACCGGUUUCAUAUUCAAGAAAAUCGCGUCGAUGACGACUUGCUCGUACGGGGGAUUGCUCAAGGCGGCUGUUGUGGCGGUCGUGUUCUUGACAUCUAUCUGCGGUCCGAUGGCAGAUAUCUUCUGACGAUAUCGAUGUCCAUGUCUCGCCCUCUUCGUUGUCGUGUAUAUAGAGCUCGGCCCUGAUUCUUUUUCUUUCAUUACAACACCUUUUUUUGUUGUAUCAGCUUCAUGUAUGUAUUUAGAAAUAUGAGAGAAAGAUGAGAUGAGACAGAACCGAUCUGUUGUAAUGAACUUCAGGGUUAGUA